AUGGCCCGGAACAAUGCCACAUCAAUCUGCUACAACGAUGCUGCACUACAGAAGUGUUACUCAAACAUCAGCUGCUCUCAUGAAUUCUUGGGAGUCUUCAAUGAGAUCAUGGGAGGGAAGAUGUGGCGGGUGAACAUGCUGAUAGUCAUGGACGCGGUCUUGGCGGGAGUCAUAGUUGUUAUCGGAGCUUAUGCUCGGCGGUAUCGGUACCACACCUUAACGCGCUUCAUCUUCCUUGGAGCUACAACUUUGUUCCUCCCCAUCAUCUCCUAUGUUGUCUCCACCAUCGGCUCCAACACCAAUGAUUAUAUCAAUGAAGAUAAAGCAUUGGGAACCUUGACAGCAGCAACCUGCCAUGGCGGUUUUCAUCAGUUUACAGUUGUAUCAUGGGCAUUUCUUGUUCACAUCGUGGUGAUCAAUACCAGCGUAAUAGUCGCCUUUGAUGACAAAGAAGGUCGGAACAAAGGUCCCCCAAUCCAGCUGCUUGUUCAAGGUAUCUGGACCCUUUAUCUUGGUGUCAGUGUCAUGGGCCCGAUUAAGUCCAAUAAGUGGCAAUUUCACCUUGAAUUGUAUUAUGCAUUUGAGAAGGCCCGGCAUUCGUUGGCAUUUGGACGUAAUCCUCGUCUUAUUUCUGGGUACAUGAAACAUCUACAAGAAGCAACUGAACUUGGUGAGCCAUGGGCAGGUGAGGAUGCACAUCCGCCUCCUCCGCUCUUGGUAAUGGGAGAAGAGGAUAUUCAAGUGGAGAAGAAGCCUCACGGGUAUGUAUGCAAAGAUCUCUCAAGAAUCAACAGAAUGGGCAUAGUAACCUUUGACAAGGUUUGGCAGUUGGACGACGACAGGCUUGCUAUGUCAAGACCACAACUAAAAGACAUAUGCUUGUCAUUCUCACUGUUCAAACUGUUGCGAUGUCGGUUCGCAAGGUACGAGUUUGCUAAUGCUGGGUCUAUGAGGGCCCUAAACAAAUUCUUGAGCUUGUUGUUAAGAGAAGGCAACCAUGCAAGGUGCAAAUGGGAGCUGAUGAAGCAUUGGGACGAAAAAAUGGGCCAGAGCUCAAUAUUGGUGGUUCACCCCAGAACAACCCCACUUGUUCUUCUCAGACGUCUCCUGGGUCUCCCAGACCUAGAUAGGAGUGUGAAGAAGAUACCAGAAGCAGUGAAGGUAUGCAUUAUCCAUACUAUGACACAUUACAUCAGCAUUGGGCAAGAAUUAAGCAAUGGCAGAAAUUCUCUACACCUGAGCCGAGUCGGUGGCGAAAGGUUCUUGUGGGCCUGCAGUAGUAGCACUGGUACAUCUGAUAUCAUACUUACAUGGCACAUCGCCACAUGGAUCCUUGAGGUGAGGCAUCCAUACCAAUGUGGCCAAGAACAUGGUUCUUUGCCCUAUCUGAAUUACAAGAUUGCUGCUACUCACCUGUCACGCUACUGCACAUACCUGAUGGCCUGGUCUCCGGAUCUGCUUCCUGAUCAUGAAGAAUGGAGCACCAGCCUAUAUGAGGUGGUGAAGAAUGAUGCCAAGCGUGCACUCUCAGGGUGUCGCUGUACUGCAGUGGGACCAGAGGCCGAGUAUGAGCAGGUGAUCCAGUUGUUGAGUGUCAAUUCCAGGCACGAAGUGCUCAGGAAAGGCGUCGUGCUUGGAAAGCAACUGGUGGAGCUGAUGGAAAGUCAGGAAAUUGCGUGGAUGGUGCUGGCAGAAUUCUGGUCAGAGAUGAUCCUGUACAUCGCUCCCUCGGACAAUGUCAGAGGUCAUUUGGAGGCCAUUGCACGGGGUGGUGAGCUGAUAACACUGCUCUGGGCAUUGCUCUCCCAUGUUGGGAUCGUGAGUCGGCCCGGCGAUGCUGCCGGCAUAGCUACUACUGAUACUGCUGCUUCUGCUCGACAUCGAUAG